GUGGAUGUGGCAGAGGCACAAAACACGGCGUCGACGCGCAUGAAGAACAUCAUGGAUGGUAAACUGUUCCGUAUGAAAGCAUUGGGGUACUUUGCAGUUAUCACAGGCAAAGGGCAGCCAGACGAGAGCAUUGAGGAAAUCAAACAGUACGAGGAAGACUUCUUCGCUACCUCCAAGCUAUUUAGAGAGGGUGCGCUGAGGCCGCACCAGACCACUACACAA